UAAGCACUCUCUCUUAAUAAAACAUGUCUCCAAACGUUCUCCGGUGGUUUAGCCUCGUCGCAAUCCUCUGGCUUCAGUCUAUCAAUGGCACCAACCUGAGCUUCCCUGCUUACUCUUCACAGCUCAAAGAGUUUCUCUCAAUCUCUCAGUUUAAACUCAACUACCUCUCUUUCGCCUCCGACGCCGGAAAAGUCCUCGGUUUUAUCUCCGGGAUCGCCGCCGUUUAUCUUCCUCUGCCACUGGUCCUUCUCGCCGGUGGUUCUUUAGGUUUCGCUGGCUACGGUCUCCAGUAUCUCUGCAUCGUCAAAAAGAUGUUCACGUUGUCGUUUUACCAGAUCUGGGGCUUGAGUUUCUUGGCGGGGAACAGCAUCUGCUGGAUCAACACGGCUUGUUACAUCGUCGCCAUCAACAGUUUUCCGAACCGUCAAGUUGCCGUGGGGAUCACGGCGAGUUAUCAAGGUUUGAGUGGGAAAAUCUACACCGACAUGGUUCAAACGUUCUUCUACUCGUCUCAACGCGAAGCUGCCUCUGGCUAUCUUUUGCUCAACUCUCUCGUCCCAUUGGUCGGUUGUCUCGUGACGGCUCCUAUGCUGAUGCGAGAAGCAAAAGCGACGUCGUCUUCGUCAUGGGAUAUUAACGUGGGGUUUAUUGUUUUGUUUGUUGUGACUAUAGCCACGGGGAUUUACGCUGUGGCUACGAGUCUUCUCACUGCUCCUGCGGUUUUAGUGCUCGUUGGCAUUGUUUUGUUUCUUCUUGCUCCUCUCGCUAUACCAGUUGGAGUUGGAGUCAAAGAGCUUGCUUCCUCUAGAAGAAGCCAAAAAAAGGUACACGACUUGGAAGCUCCUAGUGAAGAAGAUCAAAAUAAAGAAGAGGAAGAAGAGUUUGAUGAGAAGGUGAUAGUUGGAGUUAAAGAAGAGGUUGAGUGGACAAAACUAUGUAAGAAACUCGAUUUUUGGAUUUACUUCGGUCUGUAUUUGUUCGGUCCAACGGUGGGGCUAGUGUUUAUGAACAACCUUGGUCAAAUAGCUGAAUCUCGUGGUUGUGCCGCGACCACUUCUUUGGUCGCUCUCUCGUCGUCGUUCGGGUUUUUUGGCCGCUUGCUUCCUUCGUUACUUGAUUACUUCCUCUCUAGGAACAAGUACAUGCCAUCAAGCCCGGUUUCUAUGGCGGUUUCAUUGGUAGCAAUGGUUGCUUCGUUUCUAGUCCUCCUCAUUGACUCCGACAUCGCUCUCUACACUAGCACGGCGAUUAUCGGUGUCUUCUUAGGAGCUUUGACUUCUCUCUCGGUCACAAUGACUGCCGAGCUUUUUGGGACAAAACACUUUGGAGUUAACCACAACAUCGUUGUAGGAAGCAUUCCGAUUGGUUCUUUCGGUUUCGGUUUAUUCGCCGCCAAAGUUUACCGUGAUGGAGCUGCCUUCGACGGACGUUUUGACGGAAAGUGUUAUGGGAUGUAUUGCUUUCAAACCACUUUCAUAUUUUGGGGAACGCUCUGCUCGAUCGCUGCCGUUCUCGCCGCCGUUUUAUAUCUACGCAACCGCAAGUUCUUCUCGUCUACGCGGUAGGAAAAAGAACAACAUAUUUUGAAGAAGAAAAACAGCGUUUUUCGCGGGUUAUUAUCCACGCAAGCUUUCACUUCAUCAAAGGGCAAAAGUUUUUUAGUACCAAACUAAUUUUUUGUAUACUUAUGCCGUUUGUUAAACCGAUGGUGAGUAAGUAAAAAAUUUUGUAUAG